AUUCAGUGCUAAAAUAAAUAAUAACUUAUCCCUUUCUUUUUAAGAAAAAAAUUCGUCCUUCCGUUUAUAACUUUCUGACUUGUUUGGAUCUUGUAUAAAUUUGUUUCCUAUAUAUGAUAUUUACUCUUUCGAUUUAAUGGAUGGAAAAGCAGUAGCAGGUAAUGUCGAGGCAUUGCAAUCUCCUUUGUCGACAUAUGUUUUAAGACUCUGUCCAGGCUCAGAGAUUGUUUCAAGUUUACAGAAGCUUUUGAAAGAGAACUAUCUUGAAGCAGCAUUUAUUCUGACUUGUGUUGGGAGUGUUACAAAGGCUACACUACGUAUGGCAGACAGUGUUACAAUAAAAACAUAUGAGGGUCAUUUUGAGAUAGUCUCUUUAGUUGGAACACUGUCUGCUGGAGGUCAUUUACACGGAAGUUUCAGUGAUAAAGAUGGAAAAGUGUUUGGCGGCCAUGUUAUAGGCGACUUAUUGGUGUAUACAACAGCUGAGAUUGUUGUUGGGAACUGUCCGUUGUUAAAAUUUGAACGUGAACAUGAUGAUCAGUCUGGAUACAAAGAACUUGUGGUUAAAAAAACAUCAUCAGAUAAUUAACUAU